AAGUAACGAUCCAACCGGCUCUAAAUUCUUUAAAGGGAAAAUUACUAACGAUAUUAAUAAAACAAAAGGUUGACGAGAGUGUGUUGAUAACUUAUUACAAUAAAACAGCAAAGUGCAUUGCUGAUUGAGGCGUGGUCAGUCUGCUUCAGAUCCCGCAGUAAAUGCUGAGUAGGUGCCAGCUGAUGUAAGCAGGGAGACUUUAGGUUGGCAGAAGCCGGUUCAGUUUAUAACUGUGUGCAUUUUUGUGUUCUGUUCAUUGAACACGGUUGAUUUGGUGUAGGAUUUCUAAGUGGCAAUGUCUGGAUCAGGUCGCGGCCGAGGCAGAGCACAAUUCACUUUCAACAUCGAAGCUAUCGGCUUUUCCCGGGGUGAAACCCUGCCUGAAGCUGCAUAUCAACCCCUCCCUUUAUUUCCGCCCACAGAAUUUAAGCCUGUCCCCUUGAAUACAGGGGAAGAUGUAAACUAUAUCCUGGCCUUGAAGCAAGAGUUAAGAGGAGCCUGCAAGAAACUACCAUAUUAUAUUGACCAUGUUGAUACAAAGAAAGAUGUUGAGAGAUAUGCAAACAAGUAUCAAGAAAAUGAUUGCAAGAAAGAUUGGAUACCAGAUUGGAGAAGGCUUCCAAGAGAGCUAAAGCCAAGAAUCAAAAGGAUCAAAAAGACAAAUACUGCACCCAUGGUUUCCCAACCCAAAAAACCUCAAACUGUCACUAAUGAGGAAGCAAUACAGAAACUAGAGGUUCUAGAGAAGAAGGAUUCAGAACAUAAAUCUGAUGAAGAAACUGAAGAGAAGGAGAAAGAUAAAGAUGAUGAAGAGGAUGAAGUUGCGGAAGAAGAAUAUGAUGAGGAAGAAUGUGAAGAGGAAAAUGACUACAUUGCAUCAUACUUCGAUAAUGGAGAUAACUAUGAAGCUAGUGAUGAUAAUAUGGAUGAAGCUACGUAUUAGUCGUUCCUGCCAUCAUAUGCAAUUAAUGUAUACUGUGAAAGCGUUCACCAUUCCUGCAGGAUUAUUCUGUGUCCUCAGGUCCUUGCAGGAUUUCGUUUUGCACAUAUGACGGAAUUCAAAUAAGAAAUAUUGUUUACAACAAAGAUAAAUAGGUUCUACUUUAGCCUCAAUAAGCAUACAUCCGUUAGCGCUGGUCACCUUAGCUGGUUUAUUGAAACAAAUCUUGUGUUAAAUGCACUUAGGUUGGUGGUUUUGCUGGUGUUCACGUACUUCUGCAGGGUUUGUAGCGGAGAGAGAGAGAGAAAGGAACAUGUCAAAAUAUCUCCCUUGGUGGUAAUUUGCAUGUCAACAGUUUCAGGUAAUGAUUAUUGACAGGAAUCAUUAUUUAUUCUGAACUUUAAAAUACUGUCAGUGAAAA